AUGUCAGCAGCGCCAUGGAUCUGUCGCAGCUGCGCCAGAGCUCUGCGACGAUCCCACCAGCUGCAGAUUGUCCGAUUCUCCUCCAAUGAUGCUUCCAGUUCUCUGGCCCCGAGCCUCCUCCGCCGCGCUCAAUCGCUAUCCCAAGAGCAUGACGAUCUUCAAAAGAGCCUCAACAGCUCCUUUGAUGCUACCAAGGCCAAGCGCGCGGGCGAAUUGGGCCGUGUAGCCUCCGCCCUACGAGCAUGGGAGACGGCCCAGUCGUCCAUUACAGAACUUGUCUCGAUGACAGAGGACCCAGACCAGGAUCCAGAUCUUGCUUCUAUCGCCCGAGACGAGCUGGAAGGGGAACGCGCGAAGCUGGACCUGCUGGAGAAGAGACUCAAGGAAAGUCUUACGCCGAGACACGCCUUUGCCGAUUUACCAUGCAUGGUUGAGUUUCGACCCGGGCCGGGAGGUCUUGAGGGCAGAUACUUCACCGACACGCUGUUCAAGAUGUACAAGGCACUGUGUGCGCGGCGAGGCUACAGGGCCAACGUGCUCAAGUACGAAAUGGCCGAGGCCGCAGGCGAUCAGUCUUCCUCAUCGGGAGAACAGCCCGUCCAGGAAGCCGUCCUCGAAAUCCAAGACCAGGGCGCCUACGACAUCUUCCGGGGAGAGGCGGGCAUGCACCGCGUGCAGCGUAUCCCUAGCACUGAGAGUAAAGGUCGAGUGCACACGAGUGCUGUGGCCGUCUGGGUUCUGCCGUCGUUUCCAGAGGGCGGCAGCGGCGCAGACAAUGUCGAUGUCGACGAUCCGGAGAGCGACUUUUACGUCAAUCCUCAGGACGUCAAGAUUGAGACGAUGAGAGCCAGGGGAGCUGGUGGUCAGCACGUCAACAAGACUGAGUCUGCUAUUCGUAUGACGCACAUCCCUACUGGUACUGUAGUCUCCAUGCAGGAUCACCGUUCGCAGCAGCGCAACCGCGAGGAUGCGUGGAAGGUGCUUCGUUCCCGCAUUGCUAGUCAGCGUGCCGAGCAGCGGGAAGAGGAGGCAUCCAAACUCCGCAGCAGCGUCUUGUCACAGGCGCAGAUCACGCGGGGCGACAAGAUCCGCACGUAUAAUUACAAUCAGGACAGAUGUACGGACCAUAGAGCUGGGAUGGACGUGCACAAUUUGCCGGAUGUGCUUGAGGGAGGAGAGACGCUGGAUAAAGUGAUGGAGGCGGCGAGAGAGUGGUUGGUGGGCAAGGAGGUUGAAAUGCUGGUCCUGGAGGAAGAGGCCAAAGCAAAGAAGUGA